GCUGAUUCGAGGCCGUAGCAACCAUUUUACUCUCAACGUCUGAUCUGAUUGGAUUAUCUUUCACAGUGUGCUGCUGCUGCGGUGGUUGAGGAGUUUCUUCACAAAUCCUGUCGUCACUGGGAUGCGGCUGCUGCUUCGUCGAGAGCCAAAGAAGGACCGAAGAUGACCGCAGUGGCUCAACCGCGUUUCCUGGUGCUGUUCGACUUCGACGAGACGCUGGUGAACGAGAACAGCGACGACGCCGUGCUGCAGGCCCUGCCGGACCAGCGGCUCCCCGACUGGCUCAAGAGCAGCUACCGCGAGGGCCACUACAACGAGCACAUGCAGCAGAUCCUGGCCUACAUGGCCGAGCGGGGGGUGUCGCGCGACGCCAUCCGCUCGGCCCUGGAGGCCAUCCCGCCGGCGCCCGGCGCCCUCGCCCUGCUGAACUUCCUCCAGAACCACCAGCGCGACUUCGAGCUGGCGGUGGUCUCGGACGCCAACAUGUACUUCAUCGACACCUGGCUGAAGCACGCGGGCGUGCGCCACCUCUUCCGGAGGAUCUUCACCAACCCGGCCAGCUUCGACGCCAGCGACCGGCUGGUGCUGCUCCCGUUCCACGCCCACUCGUGCCCCCGUUGCCCCGACAACAUGUGCAAGCGGGUCAUUCUGGGCGAGUACCUGGCCCUGAGGCAGAAAGAGCUCGGGGCGCCGUUCCAGCAGGUGUUUUACGUCGGGGACGGCGCCAACGACGUGUGCCCCUCGCUGGCCCUGGGACCCCGAGACACGGUUUUCCCCAGGAAGGACUUCCCCAUGCACCGGCUGCUGAAGUCCGAGGGAACCCAGUUCAAGGCCGACGUGGUCCCCUGGAGCAGCGGCGAGGACGUGCUGGACUGCCUGAAGAAAGUCCUGGACGCCAGAUGAUAACGGACCAGACCAAAACAGCAACCAGAACAAAGGUGCCCAGAUCAUAGAUAAAUAUCACAAAUAUUGACUUUUCUUAAAACAAAAAAAAUCAUCAUGUUCAUCUACCAGCAUAUACGGAUUGAUACCUCCACCAUCUGAGUUUGGAAUUUUACAUUUUGAAAGCCGGCAAAAUAUAUUUUUAAUACAUGAUAUUUUCAUCAAAAUCAUUUUUUUCUUCAAAAGAUUUCAAACGAUCCCCUCCACCGCCAACAAAUGGAUUAUCUCUCACGAUCGGUGAAACCCGUCACAACUUCUCUUACCAUACGAUGAGUCUUUUUUUUUUUUUUUUUUUUGCUUUCCACAUUACAUAUUUAAUUGUACUUUUUAGAGAGCCGUUGCAGUAUUGGUAAUUAAUUAAUCGGCACGUUUUAUUUUCAUUUGAUUCGGAUCGGGGCGGGGCUAAAUCCGCCGCACAGUGGCUGAUUCCUGACAUCGCCGCCGCACGACACGUCGCUGCACGCUGACUGCAUUCUUGUCAUUUCACAGCAGUGCAAAAGCACCUUUAAACCAAGCAGUAAUAACAAAAUAAUAAUCCAGUAAUAACCAGCUAACGUGUUUUUCUAUUAUUUCAUUAUGCAGUAUUCAAAGAUGCAGUUGUCCGUUUUUUCGGAAGCUUCUCGGGAGGAAGAUGAUAUUUGUUUCUCCGUGUUUUAAAGAUUACAAAAUGGCAUCGCUCAUUUACAUAAGUCUCGAGGUACAGUGUUUUUUUUUAAUAUAUUAAUGUGUGUGUAAUUGAAAAAUGUGCAAUAAUUAAACACUUGAUAUACAAUAUGAUGUAAGAGAGGUAUGGAUACAUAAGGGAAACUUGGGAUUUUUUUUUUUUUCACUACCUUGACUUUGUCCCAGCUGGACUUUUGCUUUUAUUGGACAUGCUAUAUUUGCCAUUCCAAAAAAAAAAAAGUAUGUAACGCGACACUAACGGGAAUAUAAAGCCAUCAUG